AUGAAUUAUAAUACAGCAAACCCUGGAGGUAUAACAGAUACUUCAUUAUUGAGUACAUCACUAUCUAUGGCGGAGCAUUCUCAUGAAAAAGUCUCAACUCCGAUCGGAUCUAGCUCCAAUCCGUCAAACUCAACAACAACAACUACCGGUCCUAAAGCAACUACCACCACUGGCAAGAAACAAAAGAAUAUUCCAUUGGAAUUAACAGCGUAUGGUACAACACCAUCAGGUAAACCACGUUUAUUUGUAUGUCAAGUUUGCACAAGAGCAUUUGCUCGUUUGGAACAUCUACGAAGACAUGAAAGAUCACAUACCAAAGAAAAACCAUUCAGUUGUGGAGUAUGUCAACGUAAAUUCAGUCGUCGUGAUUUAUUAUUAAGACAUGCUCAGAAAUUACAUGCAGGUUGUUCAGAUGCAAUAACUAGAUUAAGAAGAAAGUCAAUUAAACGUUCUCAACUGGGUCAAGAUGAUGAUGCAGACAUGGGAGAUGAUGAUUCUGGUGAAACUACACCUAUAGCCAGAGCCAAAAAUAAUGAUCCAGUGGAGUUUAAUUUGAAUCUUUUUGAUACUAGUCCUGAUGUAAAUACUUCAAAAUCAAAGAUUACUAAGUCUAGUUCUAAAAGAAGUUCUAUGAUAGGAACAAGUAAACGGGGUUCAAAUACUUCUACUACUAAUUCAACUAGAAAGAAUUCAUUAGCUGCACCAUUACAAAGACAAGCUGUCAAGAGAGGGAUUUCUGGAGUUAAAAUGAGAAGAGGUGCUUCAUUUUCAGCACAAUCUGGUCCAAAUUAUGCUGCCCGUGAACCUGAAUUUACUGAGAAUUAUCCAAAUACCGAAAAUGUUCAAUUUUCGACUCCUCAAUUAGGUCCAACUGCUUUUAAUGAUGAAAUGAAUUGGUUAGGUAGUUUAUCUUCUAUUCCAGGCUUAUCAGACAAUUCUAAUUCAAUGAUGAAUAAUCAACAAUUUGGUAAUCAACAACAACAAUCAUUCACAAAUGCUGCAAAUUUCGCAUCAAAUCAACUUGGUUCUGAACGAUCAACAAGUGUACACAGUGUUAAUUUUGAUGCAUCGUUUAUAAUGCCAGGUGCAGCAAUUGCAAAUCAAAUUCAAAAUGCCAUGAACCAACAGGAACACCCACAACAAGUACCGCCAUUACAUCAACUUCAAGUACAACAACAGCAACAGCAUCAACAACAUCAACAAUCAAUGGGUCGCACUCCAAUACUGCAUAUCGCCUCACCAAAUCAUCCAAUAACGCUUGGACAACAAGAUUCAAAUAUCAAGACUGAAGAUUAUAGUGAUUUCGGAUAUUCAUUUUAUGACGUUCCUGAACAUUUAUUACCUUCCGAACCACCACUUACCCAUCCCAUACAAGGUUUUAGAACAUUAACUCCAAUCAAACAAGAAUCUGAAUCUCCUGUGGCUGAAGUACAGAAAUUAAAGAACCAUGAUACUGGAAAUAACAUGGAUCUUGAUUUAACUUUUCUUAAUGAUAUUGAUGAAUUAUAUCAUGGAUUUGAUUUUAAUUCCAAAUUUAUACCUGGUGGUUAUUCGUUAUAUGUUGAUAAUCAUUCCGCUAGUUCUUCUGGCAUCGAUGCUAAUUCACCUAUUAAUUUGAUUUCACCUUCUAAUAUGAACAAUUAUGAUAUGAAUAAACCAGGUAGUGUUAUUUCAGAACCACCCCAGAAUGGAAGUAAUGGAUAUGAUCGUCAGAAUAUUUUGAUGUCUCAACAAAUGCAACAACAACUUGGAAGUCCUGAUUUUAAUAGAAAUUUAGCUGAUAUUCAUGGAUCUCCCCAUCCCCAACAACAACAACAACUCCAUCAACAGCAACAACAUCAUCAACCACAACCACAACCACAACAUAUUGACCAUGCAAUGAUGAAUAGAUUGAAAUUGAAUAAUUAUUCCCGGAAUAAAUUGUUUACCAAUCAUAUGAGGCAUAUGAUUAAUAAAGCAUUAGGUAAAUAUCCAAUCAGUGGCAUUAUGACUCCAACAAUCCCAUCAAAUGAAAAAUUGGAAUUUUAUCUUACAACAUUCAUCCAAGUAUUUCUUAGUCAUUUCCCAUUUAUACAUAUUUCCAAAUUAAAUGAAUAUGAAAUUAUGAAUAUGACUUCGAAUGAAGAUAUGAAUAAUGAAAGUGCUCGAGUUUGUUUACCUUUAUUAAUUGCCACUAUGGGUGCAUUAUUGGCCAAUAAUAAGAAUGAUGCUGAACAUUUAUAUGAAGCCUCUAGAAGAACUAUUCAUAUAUAUUUGGAAAGUCGGAAGAAUUCAGUUGGUGGUGGUAAUAGUGAUGAGAGUAAGAAGGAGAAGGGGGAUAAUAAUAGUUCUACUGUGAAUCCAUUAUGGUUGAUUCAAUCAUUGACUUUGUCGGUUAUUUAUGGGUUGUUUUCUGAUAAUGAGAAUAAUGUCUAUAUUGUGAUUCGUCAAUUGAAUGCAUUGAAUUCAUUGGUUAAGACUAGUAUUAGAAGUAAUCGGGUUAUAUUGUUUAGUAUUAAUGGAGAGGAUGAAGAGAUUUAUAAUAAGUUGUCUUCUUCUGGUGGUGGUCAUGGUGGUUCUGAUGAUGCUGGUGGUAUGUCAUUAUUUUCAUGUAAUCAUAAUGAUGAAAUGAAAUUUAAGAAUAAUAUUAAUAUUCAAUCACAAGUGAGAAUUGUAUUUAUGAUUUAUCGAUUAACUAAUUUUUUGUUGAUGAUGUAUAAUGUUCCAUUAACCUUAUCCCUGAAUGAUUUGAAUAAUUUAUGUAUUUCGAAUCAAGAUGAUGAAAUAUUAUGGAGUUUUAAGAAUUAUCAAGAAUUUCAAGAAUUCGGACAAAAGAAUAAUAAGACAUUACUGAAUUAUUUAAAUUCUAGUGAACCUAUCAUAUUUAAGAAUUUAUUAUUGAAUUUAACCAAAGCUGGUAAUCCUGAUAAAACCCUUCUGCAAGAUGUUGAACAAAAGAUUAUUAAUCAAUUAUCGAAAUUAAGUAGAUAUGGUUUCAUUUGUUUGGUGCAUGGAUUAUAUGAAAUAAAGCAAUAUCAAGAAAUGAAAAAGAUUGAUGUAUUUAAGAUUUUGGAUGAAUUGGCUAAAUUCUUACCUACCAUUAAUAAUGAUUCAAGAAUUCAUAAAGAUUUUGAAAAAUUGGAUUAUGUUUUAUUAGCAAGUUAUACUAAGAUUUCAUCAUUAAUUGAUUUUAAAUUAGUUAAAGAACAAAGUUGGUUACGUAAUUUUGAAGAAUUGACCAGAAAUUUUAAUAAAGUAUUAAUUGAUAAUAGUCCUGGUAAUUCAUCUAAUCCAAUUGAUGAUUAUGAUUAUUUGAAGAUUAUUGAUUGUUGUAUGAUGAUUAUUAAGUUGGUUUUAUUUAAAUCGGAAGAUAUACCUGAUCAUCAUCAUCAGCUGCAACACACUUCUAUGGAUACAAAGUCGUCAUUUAGUACUGAUUUUGGAUAUUUGAAUAAUAAUAAUGGAAAUUUCAUUCAUGAUGAUAAUAAACAAGUCUCAGCAUUAUUCACUGAUGAGAAUAAUUUACAUGAGAAUAAAGAAAAUAGUUUGGCUAUAUUUGAAAAGAAUAUUCAUUUAAGAAUAAUUGAAGAAUUUAGUUCUUCAAGUAAUUUAGUUCAUUCACAAAUGUUAUUCCAUGUAUUUACAAUCUUGGCAAUCUUUUCAAUUUAUAUAUUAAAGAAGAAUGAAUAUAAUAAUACUGGACAUGCUGCUUAUUCUCCUGGCAACAAUAACAAUAAUCCCGAUUUAAUCUUUGCUUUGAAUCAAAGAUUUAGUAUGGUUUUGAAAUUAUUAGAAAAGAUUGAAAAUUAUCUUAAGGUCAAGCUUCAGACUGCUGCUGCUGCUGCUGCAGGUGGUGCUGGCACUAUUGCAAGUAGUAUGGCUUUGAAGUUAGAACAAGAUUUUACUAAUUUACAUUUAUACAAUGGAGGAUCUAGUACUGGUGGUGGUGAACAACCUGGUAGUGAUAAGAGUUUGGAGAAUACGAUUUAUAUUUUAAAGAUUGGUGAGAUUGUUUUGAAUUAUGUUUAUGAUUUCAAUAUUAAAGUUUGUAUAUUUAAGAAAUUGGGUGGUAGUUUGGCACAAAUUAGAAAAUUCUUGAAUGAAAAUGAAUCACGAUUAAUGGGAUAG